AUGAUUGGAUUAAAAGUUAAUGCUUUAACAAAGAUUAAGAUUCCAGAAGAACUUCAAAUAGAGAUUCUUGUCGAAAAAAAGCUUGAUGAUAUUGAUCCAGAUAACUUAGAAAGUCUUGCUCAAGAAUUAAUCAGUUAUUAUACAACAGAAGAAGAGCUAACACGUCUUGCUGGAUACCUAGACUUAUGGUCUACUAUCAGACCUCUCAAUCAGCCAUUUUAUGCUGACUUAGCUGCUUUAAUUGUCAAAAAUGUUGAUGAUUCGUUUAAAUUCGCUUUACUUGAGAAAACAAGAUUUUCAUUUUUGCGUUUACUCUUUAAUGCUGGUGUUUUCUCCUUAGACGAAAUUCGUCGCAAAUGCGCAGCCGAGCCAAAUCAAUCAUUUUUCUUUGUCCCAGAACUAGGAAUUACAAAUGCUGCUAUUCAGUUCAACGAUAUACUUGAAGACGAAGAGAUCCUCGAGCAUCUUAUGAAAGAUGACUGGGCAAUGUACCGAGAUCUUGUUGAAUAUGGCUAUUUCACAAGCACACUCGAAUACGCAAUCAAGUUCGACAACCUCGAUUUACUCAGAGAGAUAUGGAAAGGCGAUGAUUACUACACAUCAAUGGAAGUUGAUGAGAAUUGUUGGGAAAAAGGCGACUGGCCACCCUGCAACCCUCUUUCCCUUGCCGCCCGCUUUGGAUCCAUCAACUGCUUCAGAAACAUGAUCGAACGCGGUUCAAAGCCCGAUGAAAAUAUCUGUGAAAACGCAAUCAUCGGCGGAAACAAGGAAAUCAUCGAAACCGUUGCCCAUUUAGGCGGAGACUUCGUUGAAGGACUUAAAGCAGCAGCUCAAUACCACAGAUUCGAUGUUUUCGACUGGAUUCUUGCCGCUUACAACCCAGAAAUGGUCGAUAUCUGUCUUCCAGCGUCAUACGCUAAUUGGUUGGUCUUUCUUUUCUGUGCAGCCAAUGGAUCUGAUAUCAGAUCCCUCACAGAAGAGAAUUACGAGACAGCAGUUCACUGGGCAGCCUAUUGGGGUAUUCCUUAUAUCAUGGAGAUCUGUCUUUCCGAUGACAGAUGCAACGUCGACGUUUGUGACGGAAUGAACAUGACACCUUUGACUUGGGCGGCCAUAGAGGGAAAUCUAACCGUCGGAAAAAUGUUAGUCGAUGAAGGAGCGAAUGUUGUUGGUUUUAACAAGCAAUCAAGUCCAUUAUUGGAAGCUGUUAAGAACAACCAUUACGCAUUCGCUAAAUACCUCUUGGAGAAAGGUGCAGACAUAGAAUUGGUCGAUGAAGAGCAUAAUUCCGUGUUACAUAACGUCGCAUUUUGGGGUGACGCAAAAUUGGCUCAAAUGCUCAUCCAAAACGGUGCAUCCUUGGAUGUAGUCAAUAAAGUCAAGGAUACACCACUUCAUUACGCUGCUUUUCACGGCGCGAACGAUAUCGUCCGAUUAUAUCUAAAGAAGGGGGCGGAAAUCGAUUGUGAAGGGUACAAGAAAAAUACACCUCUGAUCGAUGCCGUCAAGAUGGGAUGGAUGGACGUCGUAAGGACAUUGGUGACUAACAAGUGCGAUAUCAAUAAGAAGAACUACAAGAAAAACAACGCUUUACAUUACGCUGCAGCUUCAUAUAAUAAUGAGAUCGUCGAGUAUUUGGUCUCGAAAGGAGCUGAUGUAAGAGCAAUGAACUACGAUGGUAAAACACCUAUAGAUUAUUCGGUUAGCGAAAUUACAACCGAAAUUUUAGUCGGAAAUGGAGCUGUUCUUCACCAGAGGAAAUGGAAACAGCUUAGCCCGAACUUCUACUACAAGAUUAUAGGAGGAAUCAUUAGUAUUCUUAUAUUUAUUUUAUCAUUCUUCGUAAGAUUCUGA